AUCAGGAAACCAAACAUCAUAUUAUGGAUGUUGAUUUAAAUAACUUCCAUAGCGUUUGUUGUUCUAUGCUAUAUAUUUUCUGUCCUCGCUUGAAACUGUAAUGUUUUAUGACUGAAAUUAUCAUGAAGUUGAAAUUUUUUGUAAAUUAAUGACAACAGCAUUGGUGACAAUAACAACAAAGCAGCAUUUGAUUGUGAGCACUUUUGUCCUAGUACGCUUGCCAUAGUUUUAUGCCAUAGGGUCAUGCACUUGUUUCUGUUGCUGUAGCCACGCUACUAUCUCAUUUUAACGCAGACUCUAAUGUUACUCAGAUUCAGUUUGGUCCCGUCUCUUUAACUUACUUUCUGCCGCUGCUCGCGUGCUCGUUUUUUUUGUAGGAAAUGCUACAUGAUAGCUCUGACACUGAGCUACUCGUUGGCUAACUGCUAGCUCACGUCUAACCAAUCCAGCUGUCGCUACGCCAAUGAAAAGCGGUACGACGUCCACAAAAUGAAUAAAACUGCGAGUGUGAAUGCUUCUCCAUUAGCUACAUGUCCAUAUUGGCUUUUUGUAAUAGAUACAACUCACACUGCUGCUGAAUAUUUGCACGAUACGAAGCACAAGUAAGUCACUGCAGCCCUCACCUAAAGUGCCCUUUGACGUCUGAUGGGGAUAUGGGUCUGCUGGCUAACUUUACUGUCGCUGUGCUGCUCCUCGCCUCUGCCUUGUCAACUUGUUUGUAUUUGUCUACCCAUGGAGGCAGACUGGUUAGAUCAGUCUAUGCAACGCAAAGUAAGACCAAAGCACGUGAAAUGCUUGUUUUUAAUAAUCCAGCAAAAGCACAGAACAGUUCAGAUGAGACUGGGGGAGGGCGCCCAGGAGGCUCCCGGGAGCCUGAUAUUCCUAGAGACAGCAAAUGCACCACGGCCCCAGAGAGUCGGUUUGACUGUGGCAGGGACAGGGUCCUCAGCCAGAGGCAGUGUGAGGAGAGGGGAUGCUGCUACGCCCCUCUGCCCGACUCUGCAGGACCACCGUGGUGCUUCUACCCCACGUUGUACCCUGGCUAUAAAAUGGGUCCCUUCACUCCCACCACGCGAGGCCAGGCUGCCACCCUGACCCGCACCACCUCCUCCUAUCUCCCCAGGGAUAUCCCCACUCUGCAUCUGGAGGUCAUAGAAGAGACUGCAGGCUGCUUACACCUCACUUUAAAGGAUUUAUCAUCUCAGCGAUAUGAAGUUAAGCUCCCAGCUGGUGUUCCUCAGGGCAAAGCUGAUCCCAGAGAUGCUCUCUACACCACUGAAUACCAGCCUGACCCAUUUGGCUUCAUAGUGCGGCGAAAAUCCAGUGGAAGGGUGAUCGUGAACACCACAGUCGCUCCUCUGCUGUUUGCUGACCAGUACCUGCAGCUGUCCACUGCUCUGGCCUCUUCCCUGGUGUCUGGCCUCGGGGAGCACUACACUUCCCUCCUCCUGGACCUUAACUGGACUUCUCUGACUCUCUGGAACAGAGACAUGGCGCCUCAUGCUGAUGCUAACCUCUAUGGCUCCCACCCAUUCUACAUAGUACAGGAGGAGGACGGCUUUGCACAUGGAGUUUUCCUUCUCAACAGCAAUGCAAUCGAGGUGAUGUUGCAGCCAACCCCCGCCCUCACCUGGGUGGCUGUCGGAGGAAUCCUGGACCUGUACGUUUUCUUGGGGCCUGACCCUCAAAGUGUUAUACGGCAAUACCUCCAGGUCAUUGGGUCUCCUAUGAUGCCUCCCUAUUGGUCACUGGGCUUUCAUCUGUGUCGCUGGGGUUACACCACCACUAAUACAACCCGGCAUGUGGCGCAACGCAUGCACAAUGCAAACUUUCCCAUGGAUGUGCAGUGGAAUGAUCUGGACUAUGCAGAUAAGCGCAGGGUAUUCACCUUUGACCCCUGGCGAUUCGGGGACCUCCCAGAGAUGGUGGAGGAGUUCCACAAUCGAGGCAUGAAGUACAUCCUGAUCUUGGACCCUGGGAUCAGCAGCACCAGCCCCCCUGGAACAUACUCGCCCUUUGAUGAUGGACUCAAACGAGACGUCUUCAUUAAAAAUGCCACAGGACACAUCCUCAUAGGGAAGGUUAGACUUCUUUUUUGGGGAGUGGCGUAUGCUUUUCUUUCUCAUUGUGAUCUUCUGUAUGUUUUGCACAUUCCCAUAUUGUGUAUCCAGGUUUGGCCGGGCCUGACAGCCUUCCCCGACUUCACCAACCCAGAGACCAGACGCUGGUGGGAGGACUGCAUCAGAGAUUUUCAUUCUAAAGUGCCUGUGGAUGGUCUGUGGAUUGAUAUGAAUGAACCAGCCAGUUUUGUGCAGGGCUCAGUGGAGGGCUGUCCUGACAGUGAUCUCGAGAACCCACCCUACACACCCAGGGUGGUCGGAGGCCAGUUGAACUCAGGAACCAUUUGUAUGUCGGCUCUGCAGAAGCUGUCCACUCACUACAACCUGCACAACAUGUACGGACUGACAGAAGCCUAUGCCACGCACAGCGCUCUUAUGAAGGUUCGAGGGAAGAGACCCUUCGUCCUGUCUCGCUCCUCCUACCCUGGCAUCGGACGCUUCUCUGGGGUGUGGACAGGUGACGUCAGGAGCGACUGGGAGCAGCUUCGAUACUCCAUCCCUGCAGUGCUGCAGUUCAGCCUGUUUGGGGUUGCCCUUGUGGGGGCGGACAUCUGUGGCUUUGGAGGCAACACCACGGAGGAGCUGUGUGUGCGAUGGAUGCAGCUUGGGGCCUUCUACCCAUUUAUGAGAAACCACAAUGACCGGGCAAAUGCUCCUCAGGAGCCCUAUGUAUUUGGGCAGAAGGCCCAGGCAGCCAUGAGGAGUGUGUUGAACCUUCGUUACUCCCUUCUCCCGUUCCUCUACACACUCUUCCAUCAUGCACACACCUCUGCUGACACCGUGGCCCGGCCUCUCUUCAUGGAGUUUCCCACUGACCCGAACAGCCAGACCAUAGACAGACAGUUCCUGUGGGGGAGUUCGCUUCUCAUUAGCCCAGUCUUAGAGCAAGGGGCAGCAGAGCUGGCCACUUACCUGCCCCCUGGCACUUGGUACAGCCUGCACAAUGGUCAGCCUUUCUACAGUAAGGGUCAAUACCUGCUCUUGGCAGCUCCUCUGGACACCAUCAACAUCCAUGUGAGGGAGGGACACAUCAUCCCCCGGCAGGAGCCUGCUUUGACAACCACAGCCACGCGCAGAAACCCUUUCUUCCUGACGGUGGCGCUAUCAGCAGGAGGCUGGGCCCACGGCGACUUGUUCUGGGAUGACGGGGACAGUCUUGACACCUUCGAAAUGGGAAGUUAUUGUUACGUCAUCUUCAUUGCUGGACAGUCUCAGGUGGUGAGUGAUCCUCUCAAGCUGAACGGGGCCCUGGCCGGUCUGGUGCUGGGAGGGCUGCAGGUGUUCGGGGUGCCCUCACCACCCCUCUAUGUACUAGCCAAUGGGGACAAAGUCAGGGAUUUCACGUACCGCAGUGACACCAAGGUUUUGACAGUGACCAGCCUGGCUUUGCCCAUGUCAGAGGUGUUUACAGUCCAAUGGGCCCUCUGAUGCACUGAAUGAAGCCUUUUUUCACUGCUGGCUGAAAUCGCCACUUCAUUUCCUUGAGCCGUACCGAUCAUCCCAGAGCUCAAGAUGCACUCAACGCUUGCUCUUCCUCUUUGUCUAAAUUGGAAAGUAGUGCUUCGUAAGCAGCAGGUUUUUUAAAAAUGUGACAUCAAAGCAAGGGCGCCAUCAUCUUGUAUCUGUUUAUUCUUGCUGGGUCAUUUUUGCUUCUAACUGCUACACUGAAUCAAUAAAACUGUGUUUUUAAAAUCCUGUUUAUACAUCUUAAUUACAGAAGUGCAUUGCAAAGAAGAUGUUGCAUAUACUGUCUCAUGCUGUCUUCAUUCAUUUUUCUCUGAAAUGAGAUCCAUUGUACCAACUUAUAUCAUUA